CCUCCGGCUUCCCAAAAGGGGCGAACAUGGCGAUGGGCAGGAUGAGGUGAAGAGGAGGAGGAGGAGGAAAAAUAGAAAAAUUAAAUUUAAGGGAAAAAAAAAAAAAAAGAGGAAGAAGAAAAACAAUAUAUAAAGCAGGCGGAGAGGAAAAUGAUGAAAAGGGAAAUAUAGGGGGAAAAGAGGGACGGGGAUGCAAGCAGCGCUGGCGCGGUGAUUUCCUCCCCCCCCCCCCCCUUCUCCUCCUCCUCCAAAAGGCGAAAAAAAAAAGGAAAAAAAAGCAGAAAUAAGGCGGCCAAAAAAAAAAAAAAAAAAAAGAAAAACAGGAAAAAAAAGCCACUAAACCAGCAACCCACCCAACCCACCAAUUCCUUGUUUUUUUCAUGGAGAGCACAAACCCCAGGCCAGCGGAGGAGGACCGGGACUCCUCAGCGCGGAGACCUUUGCAUCAAAAUGCUGAUAGUCGAAAAAACGACUGACUACCCUUCGGCUGAGUACUCCCUGGUGGAGGAUGUAGCCCUCCACUUCACGUGUUUGAUGGACAGACUGAACGAGCAGCGCCUCUUUCAGCCGGACCUGUGCGACGUGGACAUCGUGCUGGUGCAGCACAAGAGCAUCUUCCCGGCGCACAAGGGGGUCCUGGCAGCCUACAGCCAGUUCUUCCACUCCCUCUUCACCCAGAACAAGCAGCUGCAGCGCGUGGAGCUCUCUCUGGAGGCCCUCACCUCGCAGGGCCUCCAGCAGAUCCUCAACUUCAUCUACACCUCCAAGCUGCUCGUCAACUCCUGCAAUGUGCAGGACGUGCUGAACGCGGCCGCCGUGCUGCAGAUGAACAACAUCGCGUCCUCCUGCCAGGACCUGCUGGACACGCGCUCGCUCAGCCUGGCCACCGACAUGGCCCUGCCCGCCGAGGGCUGCGCCGGACCCCCGCCCUACUACUGCGAGAUCAAGCAGGAGGUGGACGCCCCCCACCCCAAAAUCUACGCCCGGGAGGGCAACGACCCCUUCUCGGUGCGGGUGGAGGACGGGACGGGCAGCGGGACGCUCCCCCCCGGCCCGGCCAAGCAGUACUACAAGGAGGAGAAGGAUGGGGGUCCUGGUGCUGUCUGUAAGAUGGAGGGUGAGGAGUCUGAGGAGGACCUGGACAGCCAGGGCUCCUACAACAGGGAGCAGAUCAUCGUGGAGGUGAACCUCAACAACCAGACGCUCAAUGUCUCCAAGGGCAUGGAGGGGAAGGCGGCCGCCAGCGAGGCGGCCGUGAUGGGACGGCCGGAAGGGGAUGGGCGCGACACGGAGGAGGACGGGGAGGAGGAGAAUGAGGAAGGGGAGGAGGAGGAGGAAGAGGAGGAGGAUGCGGAGGUGGGGGAGGAGGAGGAGGAGGAGCGCAGCGAGGAGGAAGAUCUGGAGGAGACGACGGAAGAAGAGGAUGAUGACGAUGAAGAUGCCUCAGAGAUGAAAAGGGAAAAGAGCGGGCAGCCCCGCAGGGGCAGCCGGGCGUCCAAAGCCACUAAACCUGCCAUGGCAACCAGGUCCCAGGAGAUGGCCAAGGUGGAAGAGGAGGAGGAGGAGGAAGAAGAAGGCCAGAGGGGGAGGAAGAGAAAGAAAGAACAAGAUGGCUUGGGCCAGAAGGUGAAGCUGGAGGAGAAGCAGCAUUAUCCGUGCAAGAAGUGUCCGCGGAUCUUCAACAACCGCUGGUACCUGGAGAAGCACAUGAACGUCACGCACAGCCGGAUGCAGAUCUGCGACAAGUGCGGGAAGCGCUUCCUGCUGGAGAGCGAGCUCCUGCUGCACCACCAGACCGACUGUGAGAAGAACAUCCAGUGUGUGACGUGUGGGAAGGGGUUCAAGAAGCUCUGGUCUCUCCAUGAGCACAACAAGAUUGUCCAUGGCUAUGCAGAGAAGAAGUUCUCCUGCGAGAUCUGCGAGAAGAAGUUCUACACCAUGGCCCACGUGCGCAAACACAUGGUUGCACACACCAAGGACAUGCCCUUCACCUGUGAGACCUGCGGGAAGUCCUUCAAGCGCAGCAUGUCCCUCAAGGUCCACUCGCUCCAGCACUCCGGGGAAAAGCCUUUCAAAUGUGAGAACUGCAACGAGCGCUUCCAGUACAAGUACCAGCUGCGCUCCCACAUGAGCAUCCACAUCGGCCACAAGCAGUUCAUGUGCCAGUGGUGUGGCAAGGACUUCAACAUGAAGCAGUACUUUGAUGAGCACAUGAAGACGCACACGGGGGAGAAGCCCUACAUCUGUGAGAUCUGUGGGAAGAGCUUCACCAGCCGCCCCAACAUGAAGCGGCACCGCCGGACCCACACCGGGGAGAAGCCGUACCCGUGCGACGUCUGCGGCCAGCGCUUCCGCUUCUCCAACAUGCUCAAGGCCCACAAGGAGAAAUGUUUCCGCGUCACCAACCCCCUGGCUUCGGACACGGCCGUCCCCCAGCCCGCCACCAGCCCGGCUCCGCUGCCCCCCGGCCCCGGCGUCUCCCCCCUGCCCCUGCCGCUGCUCCAUCCUCUGCCACAGACCCUCCCUCCCCCUCCUCACCUACCGCCACCCCCUCCCCUGUUUCCCGCGGGGAGGAUAAAUUCCAACAACAAUUAGGUGCCCUCCCCUCACCCCCCCGGCCAUGCGCCUGCACGGACUGCUCUGCCCUUCGGGAACGCCUUUCCCCCGGGGAGCCAAGGCUUUGCUUGCUCUCUACCCCCCCUUCCUCCUCGUUUUGGGGUUGUUUUGGGUUUUUAUUCCUUUUUCUCGCCCGUCAUUCUCUGCAGAGAGGGGGAGCACGAGGAAGCAUCUCCCUGAGGAACGUGGGUGUUGGGGGGAUCCGCCGUCCGUCCGUAAGGGUGUAGGUAAAAGGUGUCACUCUCAGUUUCAUCUUCCCACACGCUGGCAUCACCUUCCUGCUGGGAUGCUGGUGAGGCUGGGAGGAGCAGGAUAUCCGGGCUUGAGCUUGCUGGCCGGUGCAUCAAUAUUUCAAAGCUGAAUUCUAGUUAGUGGUGCUUGAAUCCCUGUACUGUAAAGCUGGUCUUUCAAGUCAGGCUCUUCACCCAUGGGGUUGGAAGGUGGGCACCCCAGGGGAGCCCCCCACUGCCAGCCCCAGUGGCCUGUGGCGAGUGAGCAGGUGUCCCCAUUGGAAAGCCAUGAGCAUGCCCUUGUCAGCAGCCCACAACACGUCUUCCUUCCCUACAGCAGGUUUUCCUCCUCCACAGGCAAAAGCACAAACACCCACCUUGCAUCUCGGGGCAUCUGCAACUCACUGUCGGUUCAGUUCCGGGGUGCCCUAAGGGAGCUGGGUUCUGGUGUGCCCUUUCUGCUAAUCCCAGCAGGAGCUGGGCUCCUGGGGGUGCUCUGGAGCUGGGGAGCUGUUCCUGGGAGAGCUCAGGUACCUUUGGGACCGGCAGGAGGGGAGCCUGGGACAGAGGAGCAGGGCGCUUCUGUUUCUCGGCAGAAUCGGCCCAGAAUAGUGCCUUAACAAUCUGAACAAACCCCUGAGGGAUGGGUGAGCUCCAGGUUGGUCCCCCUGCAAGGUUCAGAGCUGAAGCAGGACCAUGUUCAGCCUGGGGAUGAUGAUGUCCCAGUCUCCAGUUUGUUGCCUGCUUUGCUCUCCCAAGCUUCACUUCUCCUUGUGGUGCUGGCAUCCGCUGCCCUGUCCUGGUUUGGGGAGACCAGAGGGGACCAGUGAGGGUUGUGGUUGUUUUUGGUGAUGCCCUGUGGUGUUGCUUAGUGCUUGUUGAAGAUGUUGAAGUCAAGCUGGUCUUUGGUUUCACUUACAAAUAAUAUGGCUGGCUUCGUGCUGAGGAGGAGGAGAAGAGGAAGGCUUUGCUGUCACCUUUUUGUUGGGCACUGAGGUCCCAGCAGGGUCUCUCACUGCUGUGCUCUGCCCCAGGGUGCCAUGCAUUGUCCUGACCAUGGCUGUGCAGUCCCUGCUGGGGGAAGUGAGCACCCAGCAUGGGCAGAGAAAGGCUGGGAAGAGGUGGGGGCUGUUCCAGCUGAUCCUGUGCUCCUAAAGCUGGUGUGGGGCAGGUCAUGGAGGAGGUGGUGGAAGCGCUGUUGGUAAGUAAGAAGGAAAGAGGUCACUGAGUGGGCUGCAGGAGCCUUUUCUCAUAUGCAGCUUGUGCUGGGUGACAGCAGAGUGCUGGGGACAGGGAGCCACACCUGGCUCUGUGAAAAGCCUUGGUGCUUUGUGUCCUGGACCAAAUCAGCAAAGCACUUGGGUGGCAUUGGGACUGUAUCUGCAGAGAUGGGAGGAUCCAGACCCAUGCUCAGGGGCUUUGCUGACUGGGGACAUGCAGGAGCCUGAUGGGGACACGACCAGGGAGCAUCUGCUGUUGUCCUGAGUGCUCUUUGAGGUGUCUGGUGUCACCUCCUGCUGAGUGCUGCUCCAGUGGUGUCCAGCAGCUUGGGAAAGCUGACUGAUGUUAGCAUUUUGGAGCCACAAAGUCCUUUUCUUCUUUGUGUUGGCUGGGAUCCUGUGGAUCCCCAGCAUGGCUCUCAGUACCAGUGAGCAAGCCCCCAUCUCCGUCUGCUCUGAGCACGAGGAGGUGGCUAUGGCAGAGCUGCCUCACCUCACUGACCUCAGGUGGGUUCCAAAGGCUUCUCUGCUGCCUCCCUCCAUGACCCUGGGGCUCGUUGGGAUUGUGCAAAGCCUCAAACACACCUGAGGGACGAGGGCUCUUGGGGCCAUUGGCUGUAGGAAGGGCCCAUGACCCAUACUGGAAGAUGUUUGCUUUAGAGAAGCAUUCAGUGAAACCCAUGGAGGUGCUGGAGUGGUCAAUGCUGUCGCCUCCUCUGCUACCUCCCAGAUCCCAUCCCCUUGGGCUUCCUUUUGCUUCUUUCCCCUCAUGUUCAGCCUUGAGACAGGAUGGGAGCACUGUGCCCUGAGAAGGGCUCAUUUUAUGAUCUUUUGUGAUGGAGCCCAUCAGCUGAUAGGCUUCCCCCCACGUAAACACCCAUGCCAACAUUGUGCUCCCUUAUUCCACUCACCUGGAGGUGGCUUUCCCUGUUCCUGUCCCAGUUCAUCCUCUCCCAGUGAGGACCUGCCCCCCUUGGACAUCUCUGUGAGAUGAGAGCCCUUCCUUGAGGCUGGAAGCCCAGCAGAAAGCCCAGUGACUGAUCCCAGCCACGUCCGAUCCCCUUCGAGAGCCUGCUCCUAGAGCCACUUGGAGACGUCGAGAUGUGACCAUGCACACAGCACUUUGGAGAACCAGAUCCCUGCUGCUCCCUCCCUUCUCCAAGGCCUGGGUAGUUCCCAGGAGUCCUACAAGGCCUCCAAGCCCUUUUGUCUACACCCUGACUCAGCCCCAGUGUGUCUCCAUGUCUGGUUUUCAUUUGUGUACUAAGAGCUCAGACGAGUCGCUCCCGCAGUGCCUCGUCCAUCCCGGACCCAUCCCGGCCCGCGCUGUUGUACCCUUGGGGUUAGACAGAGCAGCAGGCAGGAGAGUUGGGUCCGUUGUUUUCAAGCUUUUUAUGUUUUACUUUAAUUUUUUUUUUAAUUCUUUUUUUUUUUUUAACUCUUGCACCUUAAUCUCUCACAUCCCUUCUUUGACAGACCACGAGGGUGGAGAGGGGCUCGAUUUCCAUUACACGGUUCCUGAAUUCGCAACGUUCAGCUGACAGCUCUUCCCACACACUCAAACCCCAGACCCGCCUGGGUCGGAAUUUUUUUUUUCCACCCUUCAUUUGAACUUUGGGGAGGGAGGGAAUCACGUUGGGGAGGAUCACUUUUGGUUUAUAUAUCCCAGGAGCCUGGUAGCACAGACCAGUUCGCCUCACGUACCCAUGAGGCACGGCUGGCCCUUCGGACCACAGCCAUAACCCUGGCGCAGUGGGAAGGCGAUGGACGGAUGGACAGAUGGGUGGGAAUGGCUGUGACAGUGCAAUAGAGACGAGCAUCCGCUGCUAGACAACUCCUCUGAGGUGACUCUUGGUUUGCCUGAAGUCAGGAGGGAAGGACAGACGGACAGACGCCCUUUGUUCACACGGACGGCCAGAGCUUCCCCACGCGCAGCCCUGCCUAGAGACACGGAACCACGACGGGAGUUGGGUUGGACUUACAAAGGAAGAAAAUAAUAAAUUUUAAAAAAAGGAUAAAAAGAAUAGGAAUAAGAACAACCUCUGUAGCAUGGAACUUGAAGGAAAUGAAUGAAACCCCCAAGCACUUGCCUCAAAACUAGUUUCUCAUGCCUGGUGUUUGGCUCUGAAUUAUUUUACGGCAUUCAGUAUCAGUUGCCCAAACAUGCCAAGUUAAGAGUGUAUUGGUGGCUCUACAAGUGUGAACAAACUAAACGAAGCACUUUAUUCUGUAUAGAUUAAGGGAAGGCGGGGAGGGAAGGGGAAGCUUGGAUGCUUUUCAGAAGCGUCUUAAGUAAUGUUCUAGGAAAUGUAUUAUUAUUAUUAUUACCUUUUUUUUUUUAUGACCAUGUGUAAUCAAUAUAUGUUUAUCUUUAACUCCAAGUACAGCAGUUACUCUCUUUGGGAUGGUGUGAGGAGGGGGAGGCUGAGAUGGUUGGAUCCAUCCCCGUGGGGCCAACUGAGGCAAGUCAAUGUCUACCGCAGGAACGGGCGAGUCUUGCUUCGAUGGUCCCAAUGUCCAGGAGGUCCCAAGAGGUUCAUCAAAGCCACCUCCCAGGGCACAGCUCCCAGUCAGAGAUCCCCAUCCCGAGCCGUCUUCUGCCUGGGGGUGCUGGGGCUGCUCCCUGUGCUGCCCACGAGUGCAACAAGUCACGGUAGGGAGGCUGGCUGGAGUUGUCCCUCGGGGCCAGGUCCUUGGCCAUGCUUUGAAAUCUGCUUUUGGCCUCUCACCAAGGCACGCUGGGGCUCACUGAGCUCUGAAGUUGGUGAGAGGUCAGAACUGGGCCUUUCCACUGCGUUCUCCCAGUCUGGAGGUGUUACGACUGUUACCAAAGAGGUUGCAAGUGGAAGGACUGAAUCAAUAAACGAUUUGUCUUUUAUAAAACAAAA